AUGUCUGCAGUUUGGCUCCAGGUCGGACAAUGUGGCAACCAGAUUGGACAGGAGUGGUGGCAAGUCGUCACCCGUGCCAGAAGUGGAGACGCCGACAUGUACCCGUUCUGCUCCCUGGACGGCAAGCUGAAUGCCAUUUGUGUUGACAGCGAACCAAAGGUGGUGAAGAAGCUCCCGAAGCAAGUCAAGAGAGGAUCAUUCAGAGAGUGCAAUCUCAUCAUGGGGAAGCAAGGAAGAGGCAACAACUGGGCCUACGGGUAUCACGGCAUCCGUUCUGAAGGGGAGCAGAGCUUGUUCCACAGGACUAUGGAGAGCCUGAGGAAAGAGGCAGAGCGCAGGGACUGCUAUAGUGGGACGGUCCUAUUUCACAGCCUCAGCGGGGGGACAGGAGCAGGCCUUAGUUCCCGCUUGUGUGAAGCCAUCCGGGAUGAGUACCCACUGGGCCACAUCCUGGCUGUCUCCGUGGCCCCUCACCAAGCCGGCGAGAGUCCUCUCCAGCACUACAACUCUUUGCUGUGCCUUUCCUGGCUCCAGAGGUACACAGAUGGCAUCCUCCUGUUCUGCAACGACGAAGUGCUAAAGCGUGCGGCAUCCCUGCAGGGGAAGGACCCCCCCGAAGGCGGACAGCAGGUCUCCCUCUCCACCAUGAACACGUAUAUCGUUUCCUGCCUCGCGGGGCUUCUCUACCCGCUCAAGAUUUUCACGACGCAAAGUGGGAUUAGCCUGGGCAUGGAGCCCUGGGAGCUCCUGAGAGCCACCUGCCCUGUGCCAGCCCUGAAAUUCCUGCACACAGCUCAAGCCAGCACGAGGGGCACCGUCUUUUGGGACAGCCUGGCAUCUUCUGUGACACAGUCAAUUCCUCGUGAGUCUCUCCAUGGGCGCCCUCAGCCCCGCAGCUCAGCGCUUCUGGCCGUGGCUCGCGGCCCCCAGGAGGACUCUUUCCUCGUCGGCCGCACAUCGGUUCUGAGGAAGCUGAAGAAGGCCUACUGCUGCGUGCCCUGGAAUCCCUUCCCCGCCAAUUACUGGACAGACCCGGUCAGCCUCUUGCCUCUGGGCCACAACAGCCAUGCCUUGACCAUCUGCGCCAACCACAGCUGCUCGGCAGAUCUCCUGCGGCGGGUGGAGCAGCAGGCCCGGCUGAUGUACGAAAGCAAGGCCUUCCUGCACUGGUACUGGAGGCACGGCUGCGAGGAAGGGGACUUCGAGCAGGGCUUCGAGACGCUCCUCUCCGCCGUGGAGAGUUACGGCCGCCUCGGAGACUGA